AUGUUCAGCGGAGAUGGUUUUCAAAAAUCUCAAAACAAAAAAACACAAAAAACCUCUAAAUCUCUCUCUCGCGCAGCCGGCGGGCCGGCGCCAGGGGCACGCCGCGAGCACGACAGGAGCGCCGCCGCCUCGCUCAGGGUCGGAUACUCCUUGAGCGACAUCAUCGAUCUCGACGACUUGCCUAAGCUGCCCAACGAGUUCAUCAAUACUUUCAAGCCGAAGAACAUCAUUGCGAAGGGCUAUCCGAUAUGGACGCGCAAGGGUGACACCAACGCGUUCUUCACGCUCUUCUUUGACAGCCUCGUCACGCAGCUCGGCAUGAUGUCCAACGCGUACGUCGUUGGCUUCACGCCCGAGUUUGUGUACAAGCACUUCAUGGGCGGCCUCACCGUCUCGCUCUUCGUCGGAAACGUCUACUACGCCUUGCAGGCGUCAAAGCCGUACGGCGUCAACACGCCCGGCGCCAUCGCCAAGACCUUCGGCGUGCUCGCCCCCGCCCUCGCGCUCGCAAGCGCCGAGGGACUCGACACCGAGGCCGCGAUGAAGAGGGCGUGGUCGGUGGCCUGCGCCGCGAACUUUGUCGGCGAGACCUCGUCAAGACCGGCACACCGGCACCUCCUUGGAGCCUUUCUGCUCGUGCCAUACGGCGCGAUGCUGGUUCCGAUCGGCGGCGUCGGCAUGACGUGGCUCGGGUACAAGGACCACUUUGGGCCUGCGGCGGAGCUCGUCGGGGAGGCCAGCUUCAGUCUGCCCGAACUCUCCGAGGGCUUCAAGGAGAGCCCCCAACCCCACGCGCCCACCCAUGCCACCGCCAGCACCAGUCUCAAAGGCAACCAGCAACCCGACUCUUCCAUAGCUCGAGACCUCAAACGACUUGUUGUUUACGUAGGAGCUCAGCAAGCCCGCAUCGGCGGCGACGUCUUCUCGCCGAUGGAGUCGAUGAUGGUGGACGGACUCGGCACGAUGAUCGGCGCACUGUGCGGGUCGCCGUGGGGCACGACCGUCUACAUCGGCCACACCACGUACAAGAAGUUCGGCGCGACGCGGGGCUACUCGGCACUCUGCGGCAUCUUCUUCCUCGUCUUUGGGCUGUCGGGACUGUACGGCAUCCUCGACUCGCUCAUCCCACACGACAUCUACGUGGGCAUCCUCGCCUGCAUCGGCAUGCUCAUCGCCGGCCAGUGCGUCGAGGUGACUCCCAAGCGUUGGUACCCAGCAAUCAUGAUGGGGCUCGCCAUCUGCUGGUCGGACAUGAUUCAACUACCUCUGGACGUCGAUGCUGUGGACGUUUUUGCUGAUGAUGUUGAUUGA